CUUUGACUGACAAAGCUUACAGAGAGCAACUAUGGAAAGAGGCCAGACCCGUGAUGUGGCUCCAUCCUACCUUGGAUGGUCCAUCUUUAACACUUUAUGCUGUUGUUGGCCUCUUGGGAUUGCUGCUUGGGUCUUCUCCUGUCGGGCACAAAAUGCUGAAGCUCUCGGGGAAUCAGCUGAAGCUGAGGAUGCAUCAAGGACAGCCAAGAUCCUUAAUAUUCUUGCACUUGUCUUUGGAAUAAUUUUCCUCAUCAUAAUCAUCACUCUCAAAGUCAAUUCCUAAUGGUGAAGACAACAUUGGUGGUGCCCGUGUUGGAAUCUCAGUAAAGCUCUUGUUAUUAUGAACUUCCCCUCCUCCCUGCAUGUGUGUGUGCACACAAAAAGGUUGUAUACGUGUUUGUGUAUUGCCUACAAAACAUCCCAGGAAUUUUAAUACACUGCUUGUGGUGGCGAAAGCCAAAAUAAACAUGAUUUGUAUAAGGAGAAAACGUUUUUGUUGUUUUAAAAAAUAAUAAUAAACAACUCUACCAAAUUUUGCCUUUCUCUGUGGCUCAUGUGGGACAUAUAAUAUUUAGCAUUAUGAUUGUAACACUUUAGAAGUACCUUACUUCAUUAUGACAAUAAUAUAAUGAUAUGGGUAGUUGUAUAUUUUGCUACAUUUACUUUAUGCUGGGUAAUGUAUCAAUAUGUUGCAACAAUAGGCAAUUACUGGGGGAGGAUUGUGUGUCCUGCUCAUCUGAAAAACAAGUUCUUAUCACACAGAGCAUACAGCAUGCUCAUUUCAUGGAUGAAAGGUAGUCCCUGUAACCGGGCAAAUAGAUGUUGAUUCCAUCUUCCAGGAGAUAAUUAAUUGUGUGUGUGUGUGUGUGUGUGUGUGUGUGUGUGUGUGUGUGUGUGUGUGGGUCUCACUCCCCCCCUCCCCAUUCUAGCCUGUGAGAAUAGAUGAGAUGAACUGUGCCUCGCAUGGAAAGUAGACGAGAGCAGGGGUAGCAGGUGACGUUGAAAAAAACUGCGGUUAAGUCAGAAAAUGUUCAGCUGCCUUGAAAGAAUAAACAGGAAGUCAAAUAAACAGUUACAUCCUGUUAGAUCCGUUCUGUAGGCUGCUUGUAAUUUACAGACCUCAUUCAGAUUUAUUCAUGUAUGUUUGUAAAUAUACAGUAGGCCUAUAUUUAUGUGAAAAUAUGCGUUUAUCUGCAUUGUAUGCCUUUGUUCUUUUUAUGUCUGCCUGGGAAACACAUUGAUGCUCAUUUUGAUAUGUAUUGUAUAAGUAAGCUUUAUUAUUAUCAAUCACAUAAGAUAUGUUUUUAGCUUAAACCUGAGACUAAUAGCCAACAAUCUAGCAUUAAGUAUUAGCAUUACACAGAAAAUUAGGAUUUUCUGCUGAACGUGGUGUUUGUGGUCAAAUCUAAGAGCCAAUCAGCUCUCUGAUCUGGCAACAGCCAGGCGUUUCCCAUCAUGCUUUGGGGUCAUGGCUCUAAAAACUGCGGCCGCCUCGCUCUCAUGAGGUUACUGUUGCCCACGUGUUCAUGACGUCAGAGCAAGUCGGGAUCAAGUCGGACACAAAUCUAAACUGCAUGCAUUGGCUUUGCUGUUGUCACAUGUAGUAGUAGUACCCACUGUGGGGAGAGACAUUCUGGCUGUGCAUAUAAGCCCUUAAUAAGCGCGUGAAAUUC